AUCUCAUUCUUUUCGCCAUAGCUUCUGGAAUAACAACUGUUUUCUUCUCUAUAUUUUAAAUUGGAAAUUUUAAAAUUUUAAAGAGAACUUUUGUCACGCAUCUUCGAGGGGAGAAAUCACCGUCAUCAAGCGAUGCAGUCUGUACGCUUGAUGAACACGCUGUGCCGGCGUGUCCAGUGCACAUCCACGGGCAGAUGUGCAGCUGUGGCACAGCUGCAGCUGCGCCAAUACGCGGACAAGUGUGACUCGGUCAUCAAGGGCGUUGUGGUGGGCGUGUAUGCCAAGGAGGGCGACCGCGAGCCUAAGAUGACCUCAUCGGGCGAGAAGUUUGACGAUCGCGUACAGGGUAAGAUCACAGAGCUCAUACGCGAGACUGGCCUGAAGGGUCAGCUGGGCAAGGGGCGUGUCUUCAUGAACGUGGACGCCGAGUUCCGGGCAGUGGCUGUGGUCGGCGUGGGACAGGAGGGGGUCGGCUUCAACGAACUGGAGAUGAUCGAUGAGGGCAUGGAGAAUGCACGCGUCGCUGCCGGUGUGGGUGCACGUGCCCUACAAAUGCAGGGCUGCACAGAUAUCUUCGUCGACUCGAUGGAGUAUGCGGAGCAGGCGGCCGAGGGCAGCGCCCUGGCCAUUUAUCGCUAUAACAGCAACCGGCGCCGUCGGGAUCGCACACUCAUUCCCAAGUUGGAGCUGUACGACUCGCCCGACUCGGAGGCCUGGACCCGGGGCCUGUUCAAGGCCGAAUCACAGAAUCUGGCACGUCGCCUGGCCGAUACGCCAGCCAAUCAGAUGACGCCCUCAAUAUUUGCACAGUCAGCGGUGGAUUCGCUGUGCCCCUGCGGCAUCUCCGUGGAGGUACGUGGCAUGGAUUGGAUUGAGUCCAAGAACUUAAACAGCUUCUUGAUGGUGGCCAAGGGGAGCUGCGAGCCGCCAAUUAUCCUGGAAAUCAGCUACUGCGGCACCGCUCCCGAGGACAAGCCAAUCCUGCUGCUGGGAAAGGGACUCACAUUCAACAGCGGCGGCCUCUGCCUUCGCCCCAAGAACUGUCUGUCCAUGUACCGCGGCUGCAUGGCCGGUGCUGCCACCUGCCUGGGUGUGUUCCGUGCCGCCGCCGCUCUGUCGCUGCCCAUAAACAUAUCGGCAGUGUUGCCGCUGUGUGAGAACAUGGCCUCCGGCAUGGCGGCCAAGCCUGGCGAUGUGGUCAGCCUGCUGAAUGGCAAGACACUCGGAUUCGUGGACGUCAGCAAGGCCGGGGUGGUGGCCAUGGCCGAUCCCUUGCUCUACGCUCAGACCAAUUUCAAGCCUCGCAUGGUCGUGGAUAUUGCCACUGUGGGCUAUGCCGUCUGUCCGGCGCUGGGAGGAGCAGCCGCCGGAAUCUUCAGCAACUCGAAUUUCGUAUACAAGCAGUUCGAGAAGGCUGGCGGCCUCACCGGUGAUCGCGUUUGGCGCCUUCCCCUGUGGCGCUACUAUAAGGAGCUGAUUUCACCCAACGAGACCUUCGAUAUCAGCAACCGUGGACGUGGCCCCGCCUCCAGUUGCAUCGCCGCCGCCGUGCUGCACGAGCUGGUCCCGUGUGUCGAUUGGGCCCAUCUGGACAUCCGGAACGUCGGCCUGUUGACGCGCUACAAUCCGCUGCCGUAUCUGCUGAAAGACCGCAUGACCGGCCGACCCACGCGCACCAUCGUUCAAUUCCUGUUCCAGAUGGCCUGCCCUGACGGAAAAUAGUUUUUAGUUAAUUUGUUACACAGUUUCUUCAUGUUAAUGUUCCGCGUUUAUCGAAAUUUGUUGUUGAUUGACGUCCCCCAACAUACAAAUUGUACACAAAUUGCCAAGAGGUACACCACACAAACACCACACCACAAGAGGUUACACCUACACAAGCAAACCAGAGACAUUUACAACUUAAUAUUGUUACAUUUUAAUACAGAGUUGACUAGGCGAAAAGGGUCAAAUGCAUUGUAAAUCGAGAAUAUAUUUUAUAUUUGAGACCAA